AAAAGACGCACAAACACAUACAUAUCUCUCUCGCAAACUCAAAAACCCUUUCUCUCUCUCUCUCUCUCUCUCUCUCUCACACACACACAAAACCGUUGCGUUUCGCUGAAAUCCGAAACGCGUUGCGGUUACUUUCACGCUAUCAUAGAAACCGCUCGAAACUUCGGAUUUUCUCGCUUGUUCGCUCUCUCUUUCUUCUGCGGCUGUCAUGGCUGAGCAACCAAGCUCCGCCGAAGCUGUCACGGAGGGAGCGCCGGAGCUUCUCCCGAAAGAGAAGGAUUCAGAAGGCGGCGAAGGUGGAAACGAACAAGGACAACAAGGGAAGGCGUCAGAGGGAGAAGAACGAGCUAGCGAAUCGCCUUGCGAAACUGAGUCGCAGCGCGCCGUGAUGAAGAGUUCUGAUAAACCUCUGAAGGGGUCGAAUUCAGGAACCCUAGCUGCUGAAUCACUUGUUGUGAACAAUCGGAGUGAUGAAUUGCAGGGGAGCCCUGCUACGCCGGAUAUGGAUGUCAAAGCUGAAAGUAAGUAGGUCAUUUCAUGCUCAGGAGACAGAUGGACCUCGUGAAAAGGAAACUAUUGCAAGUGAAGCAGUACAACCACCUCCAACUCAGAUAGAAAAUCAGCCACAGGUGUCUGCAUGUUCAACUCCAUUGUCAGAACUGUCACCAACCUCUGUUACACAAUCUUUAUCAUCUGUUCCUAGUCAAAUUGUCCCCAAACAGAAAAUGCCACCUUUGAAGAUUAAUAAUGUUCAUGUGCCACAAUUGGACAAAAAAAUUCCUUCUGGUGGCAAACAUGUUUCUUGUGGUUCUGUUGCAAGGGUUUCAGUUUCUGAUGGUUACAGCUGGCGGAAGUAUGGUCAGAAGCAAGUGAAGAGUCCCACAGGGUCUCGAAGCUAUUACAGGUGUACUCAUUCAGAAUGUUCUGCAAAGAAGAUUGAAUGCAAUGAUGAUGUGGGUCGUGUAAUAGAUGUUGUUUAUAAAAGUCAACACAGUCAUGAUCCCCCACAUAAGCCUAAUUCUACAAGGGAAAGUAAGUUAGUGUCUUCCAGUGAACCUCCUAAUGUAGAAAACAAAGUUUCUCAGCAGCUAUCUAUCAGAGGUCUGAAAAACUCUGAUCCGUCUCCUUCAAAAGAACCCUUACAAGAUGCACCUCGCACUGCUGACAAGAAAAGACCAAACUCAUCUAAUCUCAGUGACAAUGGUAAAGUUAUUUUGAAGGAGGAGCACGUUAAUGAGCCAGAGCCAAAAAAAAGAAUGAAGAAAGAUGACUUAGCAGACUUGGAUUCCCCUGUAAAAUCUGGAAAGAAAUCAAGGUUUGUUGUACAUGCAGAAGGGGAUGUAGGUAUAUCAGGUGAUGGAUACCGAUGGCGCAAGUAUGGACAGAAAAUGGUGAAGGGGAAUCCACAUCCGAGAAACUACUACAGAUGCACUUCUGCUGGGUGUCCUGUCCGAAAACACAUUGAGACUGCUGUUGAUAACUCGAACGCCGUCAUCAUAACAUACAAGGGUGUACAUGACCAUGACAUGCCUGUGCCAAAGAAACGACGUGGCCCACCCAGUGCUCCUCUUGUGGCUGCUGCAGCUCCGGCAUCCAUGAACAAUUCGCAGUCAAAGAAAAAACCUGAUUCUCCUCAAAAACAGAACAAGUCUACUCAAUGGUCGGUGGACACUGAAGGAGAACUAAGCGGGGAAGCCAUGGAUCUUGGAGGUGAAAAGGCAAUGGAGUCAGCUCGCACACUUCUGAGCAUAGGAUUCGAAAUUAAGCCAUGCUGAAUUCAUGUUUUAAGAGAUCAUACACUUGUAUCUGUAUAAUUGGCAGGUCUCCCUGCUUGUUUUCUCUUUUUUGUUAUUAUUUUAUUUUUGUUUCCUACAUAGUGUUUUUAGUGGAACAGCUCGUGUAUAUUUUCUUGUACACCAUUUUAAUUUGUCUGAAACAGUUUGCUAGUAGUCGAGCCCAUAUAGAAUGGAUUGGCAUAGUUUCACUUUUUCCCG